GAGAAAGCACACACGGUUAAGCAACAAAACCAAAGACCAAAUAACAGCAACGGAAAGUCUCUCAACCGUCUGUGUGGUCUUCUUCGAUUCUCACAGCUGCUCCUCCAGAUCAAACAAUCAAGAACAACCUCUCUUUGAUUUCUUUCACCUAUGGUGCCAUCGCCGCAUUCACCGCAGAUCCAGCAGUUCCUCUCCUCCCUACUGUCACAACGGGGGCCAUCUGCCCUCCCUUACUCGGAGGAAACUAAGUGGCUCAUCCGCAAUCACCUGGUCACUCUUAACGGUGCUUACCCGUCGUUGGAGCCCAAGACGGCCACUUUCACUCAUAACGAUGGCCGCUCUGUGAAUCUCCUCCAGGCCGACGGUACAAUUCCGAUGCCCUUCAAUGGCGUCACCUACAACAUCCCUGUGGUUAUCUGGCUUAUGGAGUCCUAUCCUCGGCAUCCUCCCGUCGUGUACGUCAAUCCGACGCGUGAUAUGGUCAUCAAGCGCCCUCACCCGCACGUUAACCCCUCGGGACUCGUCUCGAUCCCUUGCUUGCAGAAUUGGAUCUAUCCGAGUUCGAAUCUUGUCGAUCUUGUUGGCGAGUUGAGCAGGACCUUUUCUCGAGAUCCACCGCUUUACUCGCAGCGCCGUCCGACACCUAGCCCUACUCCGAGCCCUAGUUUUGGGUCCGUAGGCCCUACGGAAUAUGCUAGACCGCCGGCAGGGAUCCAUCAUACUUCCCAGUCGACGCCAACUCCGAGGCCGUACCAGCCUCCGUCUCCUUAUGGCGGGGCUGGGAGAGCGCAGACUGAUGAUGCGGCCGAGGUGUACAAGAAGAACGCUAUUACAAAGAUUAUGGAGAUGGCGCACGGGGAUAUUACGGCGAUGAGGAAGACGAGGGAGAUGGAGGUGGAAGAAUUGUUUAGCGCGCAGGCUGUGUUGAGGCGGAGAGAGGAGGAGGUUAACAGAGGAUUGAAGGGGAUGCAAGACGAGAAGGAAGGAUUAGAGGGACAGUUGCAGGUCGUAUUGAUGAACAUCGACGUUUUGGAGGGAUGGGUAAGGGAAAACGCGGGGAAGGUCAAGAAUGCUCCCAAUUUAGAUGUGGACACUGCUUUUGAGUGCACUGAUUUGCUAUCUAAGCAGAUGCUGGAUUGCACUUCCGCGGAUUUGGCUAUUGAGGAUGUUGUGUACUCUUUGGAUAAGGCCGUGCAGGAAGGGGUUAUGCCAUUUGAUCAAUACUUGAGGAAUGUGAGGCUGUUGUCCAGGGAACAGUUCUUUCACCGCGCCACGGCAGCUAAAGUCAGGGCUGCUCAGAUGCAGGCUCAGGUUGCCGGUAUGGCUGCCAGGGCUCCCCAUUAUGCUACAUGAAAGUUGAAAGAAUGCAGCUCUAUUUGAAGGUGAAUUGUAGAGCUAAGGUCCUGAUAUUGUUUGAGGUUAGAUUCUCAUGCUAUCAUAUUUUAUAGCACUUGUUCUUCUUCAUACAUUCAUUUUGGAGUUGCUUGCUAUCCAUUUGUGGGAAGUGUUGGCUAGUGAUGUAAAUUGAGUUCUUGGGGCUCCUCUUUUGGGUGGCAUCACUCUCUUCUGAAUUUGCUAUAAGAUCAUAAAAAUUUUGCUCUGGCAACAAUUUCUGCUGUAUAAAUCAAAGCAUUUGUUAAAAUAGCUGCUUUUACUUAUCCAUUAUACAGAUGACUUUAUAUUUUUUAUCGGUUGUGAAUUUCUUUUUUGGUUUGAA